AGUUCUUGAUGCACAGUUCAUUGUAAGUCCACCUGCCUUCAUCUGCAGAGGAAGUUAAACAAUAGUAUUUGUUUAUCUGGAGCUGGUGACAUGCUCAAAUGGCAGCUGUCCCACUUCGCGGAGCGGAGUUGCUCCAGGUUCGCACGGUGGGUGCUGCUCUGCGCCGGAGCGUGUUGCGUUUUUGUUGUCGGAAGGGUGGAGGGCAAUACGAUUUCUCAAGAAAGCGAGCCCCAGUUGUCUUCGUCUCCAGACAAGACGAAGACCUACGAACUGUCGGAGCGAAGUGGCUCGGAGCUUGGUAAUUCUGCAAGGGAAGAGGUGUCCACCCGUCAGGAGCAACUUCUAGCCACGCGAUUGCUUUCCAAACCCGGCCACCAGGACGCUGGUGAUCUGGAAGCAUUCGAUGAGAGCAGACCAGCUUCUGCGAGCGGAACAGAUGGCGAGGCAAAAUCUUCAACUGAGCCCUUCGCUCUUUCGACGACUGCGCAUCAGAUCCACGGGCACGAGACCGAACUGCAGCUUGAUUUUUCGCACCACACAUUUCUUGAACAGCGGAGUGAUGAAAAUCCAGACUCAGCUGUAGGACCCCGACGAGAAGUACUUAUUUGUUAUGAUGAUUUUUCAAACUACGGGAACCAUCUACGGCUUAGCGUCGAACAGAUUCAAAAAAUCAUAAUGAAGAUUUCUCGCAUAUUUGAGUUAAAGCGAGACGUAGCAGAAGAAAAAAUGAAAAAAAACCCUGUUUCCUUUUGGCCUAUCCACUUUAGGAAAAAAGAUCGACAUUCCGCUUCUUCCUCUGCUCAUCAGGAGGAUGCGGAUGCCGCUAGUGCCGCUACGGGCGAGGCCUCCGUCUCGGCGUUGCAGGCGGUUCGCCUUGAUGAUGAGCAGACGGCACCAAAACAGCAGCUUUCGGUUGAGCAGCAGCUUGCGCAGCUGGGAGUGUCGGUGGCGAGUCUGCAGGCUUAUGAGAAGCUCAGGUCCCCCACCCCCGCAUUUGUCAUGCAAAAUAAAGUACCAAGUCGAAUUUGAAGUCCAGGUUGUGCCUCUCCCUCUUGGCACUGUUUGCAUGACAAGUUCUGGAAGCCCAAAUAGCACUACACGCCUGUGCAAAUUUGUCAUGCAGAACCUGCAUUCUUGCCGACGGACUCUUGUAUUGCCGUUCAUGCCAUGGGGAGUCGUGCGGUGUCAUAAGGCGUCAGAGACAUCGUUAAGAAGUUUGGUGACGACACUGCAGACGUCACAGACAUCCCUGACAAGGACGGUGGCGGACCUGGAACGCGAGAACCGCGACCUCCGCGCCAUGGUGACGAGCUGCAACCACGAUCUGAAGGGCGUGGAGGAGAAUUCGAGGAGGGGUUUUCGGACCGUGCGCGACCUCCUGGCGUUUCUCGAGAUCGUCAUCGAGUGGAUACUAACGUAUUUAUUUGCGCUAUCGAAGCUCGAGUACACGUUCACGAUGUUUUUUCUCACCAUGGGCUACAUUUCCGUUCUGAUCGCGAUCGUACUGCCAACAAAGCUGGUUUUCUUUCCACUCACGUAUGUACGAGCCAACGGGGCGGACGAGGUACUGCCACCAGACGUGGUGCAGCGGGAGCUGCCGCGAAAUCAUGAAGUGUUGGCGGCGAUCAGUGACAACAAGACGCGGCAGGAGGACACAACCGAGGAAAAGGAGCUACCGUCCACGGAGUCGAAGUACUACGUGUUACCCUGGGACUUUUUCGACAGGGGAACAUUGUCGUCUGUCACCCAGCGAUCCGACAGUUCGGAGGGCCGCAUUUUUACCACCUGUAUGAUCAUCAAUCAAAUCUGUGUCAUUCUGUCGCACUAUACGGUGACCGUCUACGACCGAGAGUGUGCCAGUGCCACUUACAACCCUCGUGGUGAAUCCGUCGUGUGGAGAAACGAAGAUGAGGGCAACGAUUUCCUGUAUCUCGUAGCGCCACAGACCGAACGGGUGUGGCAUCUAGCGCUGCGUGUCGUGUGGCUGGUCGUUCCGCAUGUUUUGAUACUCAUAGCCGCGGCAAUUCCAUCCUCGACCUAUGACCAGAAGAGUAACGAAGCCGACACUGUGCACGCGGCGCGGGAGGACGAUGCUACUGGCGAAGAUGCAGUUGCUCCGACAAGAGAGCAGAGACCGGUCUCUGAGCUGCACGAGAUGAAAACCCGUAAGUACGAGAGGGCCCUGCAUUCAGUGGUGGCAUUCGCGAUGUUCCUCCUACUGCUUUUCGAAACGAGGCAGCUUGUGUGGAGCGAAAAUGUCAACCUAAGAAUGGUUCUCUUCGGCCUGACUUCUUCGGAGCGCUUACUGGCGGGCGAAGAACUGGAAAGAAGUUUCAAUGCGCUUGCGCAUGCCCAAAGCGCUUUCUGCGGCAACCACAAAAUGCAGGUGGCGGCGAUGCAAAAAUACCCCUGGGAGUACUUUCCGCGGGCUCUGUUUCUUGUCCUCGGGUGGCUGCUCAGCUUGCUCUUCCUCGGUCUGGCCAUGACACUAGUAUUGUUCCGGCACACCUCUGCAGGAAGUGGAGGGUCAACCGGCCGACUGGUUCCGCACACAGCCAGUCUGCUCCUGCCGCGCUCGGCGUACGUCGCAGAGGUCCUUUCUAUGCUCGUUGUUUUCAGUUUGCCGUUCUGGGCAUUCCUGCAGGAAGUGGAGCGCGAUGACGUGCAGUCGUCGUACGUUGGAAACCCUGGCGUUGUCUUCGGCCGUUCAAGGAAGCGUCUGUUCGGCACCAUUUCCGCUGCGGUGAGGACGCUGAUGGACUCGGGGUAUGCGUGGAUCCCCUCUUGCGGAACUUGGGCCGACUUCCUAGUAUGCAUUUUACAAAUAUGUCUGGGCCGGGGAAGAUGCAAAGUUGUGAUGCGGCUUGUCGGUCACACAAACUGGUGGUUCGCCGAGGAAAAACAGGCUGAUGAUCAGCCUGUUUUUCCUCGGCGAAACGGUUUUACGAUUGUUUGUGGAGUUUCCGAAUACUUCUCUCAGGGCAUUGUCCCGUCGGUGGCCUGUAGUAAAUACAUACUUGCGGUUUUUUACAGCUUCGGAAAGGGUAUUCGGAGUUGGUUCAGCUUCGGCUGUUCUCUUCUGUUUUUGUAAAAAAAAAAUUUUAAGGGAAAUAUGGCAAAUGUUAAGUAAUCUGCGUGACAUUUUUCGAUGCCUUGACAUAUUUGCAAUUGAUAUCUAGCCCCCUUCUUCACCAGUGACACGGUUCAGGAAGGGCAAUGUAUCCAUGAUAUGUUGCGCACCAACUAUUGGUGGGAGUUGCCAUACCGAGAAGCUUUUAAUACGACCUAUUGGGAACAGGGUACUGUGGAGGAUCAUUGGUGGUCGGAUUAUCGGUCGCAGGACAGGUGGCGCUAGUCGACGGAACGUCGAUCGACGCACCAGGAGCAGAGAAGUAUAUAGGGAGGUGCUUGUGUUGUCAGCCUUUCGCACUUCGCCACAUCGUAGAGCUAUCUCGAUAUGUAGGUGCGGUCGCAGAGGUUGGUUGUCCGUAUACUAAGUACAUUGAUACAAGCUUUUUCUGGUCACUUUUCAUCGGUGCGCACACUUCAUCCCUCUGCCGCGUCCCGCCUGUUUUCCAGGGCAGUGAAGUUCUUUUUACAUGAUCACUGGCAGAACAUGUUGUCUUCGACGCGACUUCCACUUGUUCUCACAUCUGCAUCUCUUCGGUAUACAUUUCUGUUGCUGGUGUGUUUUCGACAAGGAUCACGAGAAGGAGUGCAAGGAAAAAGAAAAGACGUACACGUAGCAUAUAUGAAAUUUGUACUUUUUUUGUGACGACGAAACUCAGACUUUUGAAUGUCCAGGACUGCUCGCGGGGAGGUGCAGACGGGGCGUCCUUACUUCAAAAACUGAUCUGAGUCAAUCGAGGCAAGAAAAUCUCAACGCCCGCCCAGAUGUAUGCGUUUUUCUCACACGAGAGAAAGCAAAG